GCCAUGGCGGCCGCCUGAGCGCCGUGGUGAGAGGCUCGGGUGUGACUUCGAGCUGCGGCCGGCGGCGGUAUUCCAUUGGCUCUGUGUACCACAGCUUCUCUGUCCGUUCAUCUGUCGCUGGCCAUCUGGGUUGCUUCCCUGCUCUAGCUACUGUGCUGCUGUCCAUGGUCACUGUGGAGCCCAGGCCCAUGGUCACCGGCUCCCACGCCGGCCAUGGACGAGAUCACCUUCAGAAGCGACACUGUGCUGUCAGACGUCCACCUGUACACCCCGAACCAGAGGCACCUCAUGGUGCGGCUAAACGGCAUGGGGCAGCCGGUCUUCCUGUCCCAGUUCAAGCUUCUGUGGGACCGAGACUCUCAGACUGACUCAGGGGCCAAGGGUGGUGACCACACAGAGGGGACCCCUCCCGCUGGCGCUGUCUGCAGCCGCAUGGGGGCCUCCCUCCAGGCGGGGGCCGGCACCAUCACCCCAGAGGGAUUGGAGGCUCAGCUGGACGAGGAUGGGGACUUGGACGUCGUGAGAAGACCCCGGGCUGCCUCCGCCUCCAAGCCACCGGGGCCUCCGAGAGACAAGGUACAUCCCACGAUUCUAACACAGGAGGAAGAUGACGUCCUGGGAGACGAAGCCCCAGAGAGCAGCCCCUACAAUGUCAUCAAAAUAGAGCACACCAUGGCCACCCCCCUGGAGGAUGUUGGCAAGCAGGUAUGGCGGGGUGCCCUGCUCCUGGCAGACUACAUCCUGUUCCAGCGAGACCUCUUCCAGGGUCGCACCGUGUUGGAGCUUGGGGCGGGCACCGGGCUGGCCAGCAUCAUCGCAGCCACCAUGGCGCAGACCGUGUACUGUACAGAUGUCGGUGCAGACCUCUUGGCCAUGUGCCAGCGAAACAUCACCCUCAACAGCCACCUGCUCGCCUCUGGAGGCGGUGUGGUUAAGGUCAAGGAGCUGGACUGGCUGAGAGACGACCUCUGCACAGACCCCGAGGUCCCCUUCAGCUGGUCCAAGGAGGACAUCUCCCACCUGUACGGCCACACCACCAUCCUGCUGGCGGCCGAAGUGUUUUACGAUGACGACCUAACUGAUGCUGUGUUUAAAACCCUUUCCCGACUGGCCCACAAGCUCAAGAAUGCCUGCACCGCCAUCCUCUCGGUGGAGAAGAGGCUGAACUUCACACUGAGGCACCUGGACGUCACAUGCGAGGCCUACGACCACUUCCGCGCGUGGCUGCAGCGUCUGGAGGGGCUGGCCGGCGGGCGCCUGCGCUUCGCGGUGGAGCCGGUGGACGCCACGUUCCCGCAGCUCCUGGUGUACGAGCGCAUCCAGCAGCUGGAACUCUGGAAGAUCUUUGUGGAACCAGUAACGGACCCCACCGUGUCUGUAGACACAGCUUCUCAACCAUUCUCAUGACAUUUCUAAUAAAAUUGAAAGCUCACAAAGUCA